GUACCCUGAGAUUGUUGCGGAAGGAAGCGGGACCCUUGAAAAUAACGAAAUGUGUAUCUGACAGUUCUCCUCUUUAUGUCGUCUCGUUUGAUGUGUAUAUAAUAUUUAAAGUAGCAUGUGUUAAAUACAGAUAAAAUGGCGUUCCAUUCUUGCUUGUUUCAGCGAGUUAACUUUGACCAUCCACAAGGUAGCGCAUAACUUAUUGACGCUUAAUUCGUUAGCAUUACCUAGCUGAGGUGCAAAGGGAAAAUGCCCCCGAAGAAGCCAAAGUCGAGCGCCGCCAACGUCUCCAGCUCUCUGGACAUGGAGUCAGAGGAUGUCAGCCUUGAGACCACCGUGCCCACCGCUGAGGAUGGUUCCUCGUCGGACGAGAUGCGGCCGGGCUCGCAGAAGCUCAUCCGACAGCUGAUCGAGAGGAAGGAGCUACUGCAGAACGUCCAGCUACUGAAAAUUGAGCUUUCCCAAAAAAAACUCACCUUAGAUAACUUGAAGACUGACUAUAUGUCCAGGGUGGAGGAACUGGAAGAGAGGCUGAAUGAUGCCCUCCAUCAGAAACAAGUGUUGGCGCUGAGACUGGACAGUGAGAUAAAACUCGCUCAGGAGGACAACAGAAAGCAGCAGGCUCUGCGCAAGAAAGAAGUGGACGGCAUCCUGCUCCGGCAGCAGCAGCUGGAGGAGGCCAACCUGCAGAUGCGGGAGAAGGCCGGAGAGCUGCGCCGCUCUCUGCGGGACUUGGACAUGUCGCACGAGCGCUAUCUAGAGCUUCGCGACCUCUCCGAAGACUCCAUGUCCAUUCAGGAAUUUGUUGCUGUGCGCUUUUACGAAGCGGUGACUCCGUUGAGGGCUCAGGUGGCCGAGCUGAGUGUGAAGAAAGACACGUUGAGCGAAGACCUGGAGAUGCAGCGGACACAAAUGAAGUCUCUGAUGGAGAGUUACGAGGAGGAACGCCGUCUCCGCACGGAGAUGGAGCUGAGGAGUCAGCGACUGACGCUGGAGCUGGCUGACACCAAACAGCACAUCCAAGAUGGGGACUACCGUCGGGAAAACUACCCCAACGUCAAACGCGAGCGUGACACCUUGGAAGCCGAACUAAAGGAGGUGAAGAGAAAAUACGAGACACUUAACGUGACUCACGCCGCCCUCGGCAGGGAGCGAGACACCCUCGGCAAAGAGAUGGCGUCGUUGCAGCAGUCAGCGACCUUGCUGCAGAAGGACAAGGAGUACCUGCACAGACAGAACAUGGAGCUGAGCGUUCGUUGUGCGCAUGAGGAAGACCGACUGGAGCGCCUGCAGGUGCAACUGGAGGACGCCAAGAAGGCCAGGGAGGACGCCUAUGAGAAAUACGUGGCAUCCAGCGAUCACUACAAGUCCGAGUAUGAGCACAAGCUGAGAGACGAGUUGGAGAACAUUCGACUGAAGACGGGUCAGGAAAUCGAUAACCUGCAGAGAACAUCCAGGGAGAUGUAUGAGAGAGAGAACAGAAACCUGCGUGAGGCCAGAGACAACGCGGUGCUGGAGAAGGAGCGGGCGCUCGCUGCUGAGAGAGAUACCCAGUCGCGAUACGACCAGCUUCUGGAACAGUUUCGCCAGCUGCAGCUCGGUACAGACGGCAGGGUGGCCGAGUUGUCAAACCGGGCCAAGCUGCACUCCUUCGAAGCCGAGCGUGCUCAGUUACUGAAGGAGGAGACGGACAAGGCUCUGGCCCAGUGCCAGGUGGAGUGUGAGAAACAGCGCAAAAAAAUGGAGGUCCUGACGCAAGAGUUUUACCGGCUACAGACGUCAUCAGAGAAGCGCACCGCCGAGCUUCACGCUCAGAAUGCCGAGCAGGCGUCUCGCCUGGAGACGUACGAAAAACUCGAGCAGGAGCUGGAUCAGGUCACCGUGCAGGCUGCUGAAAUUGAGAAUGAAGAAGAAGCGGAGAGGGUCCUCUUCUCGUACGGUUACGGAGCCAAUGUUCCCACCACGGCUCGAAGGAGACUUCAGCAGAGUGUUCACCUGGCCCGCAGGGUGCUGCAGCUGGAGAGGCAAAACACAUCGCUGAGGAGAGACUUGGAGAAGCACCAGUCCCAAACAGGCCAGAUAUCUGAGGAGCUGCUGGCAGCCCAGCGGCUGCUGGAGCAGACGCAGCAGCCCUACAGCUACCUGAUCGAGACGGUGAGACACAAGGACGGAGAGAUCAACAGCCUCAAGCUACGCGUGGCGUCACUUGAGGACGAUGUCACGACUCCUGAUUGGCAGUCAUCCAUCUCUCCCAAGCCUUUAGCACUUUUUUCUCAUUGGCGGCUUUGGCACCUUCACAAUUUCAUAUUGGUGUUUUUAACGUGGGUGAUUACAGCUGGAUGAAAAUCAAUGGAAUAUACAAUUACGACGGAAAAAUACGUUGGAACACACUUUUCUUAAUAACCCAGCAAUCUGUUGUUACCAAGGGUAACAAAGGUAAACGUCUGCUUUACAGUUAGGAGGUCCUGAGGUUCAAAUCUCAUCGACGGCUUUUUUUUUUUUUUUCAUCUGGCACUUCAGUUUCUGCCUCCAUUUCAAAAACAUGCACGUCAGACUUAAACUUCUCCUCAAGUGUAAAUUUUAGUGCGCUCUGUAAUUGGCCGGCAGGGUCACCUAGAAUCUGCUGUGACCGCCGUUGGCCUCACAUUUAUUGCACCGGCGUGCCUUGGGCCAGCCGUGGGCCGCAACACUCAUGCUUCCUAAUCAGUAUCUCAGCACGCCACACCUACAGUAUGAGGUGGAUGGAUUACCUCGGCAAAGAAGAAGUGCUCACCAACAGGUUUAGACACAUUUGUGAACAAGAUUCGGGAAAAGUAGCACAUUUCAGCCAAAGCAGCUGUUGCAUGUAUUGAGAUAUCUGUUUCACUUUAAUUUUUCUUGAAGUGAUU